GCUGUGGAAAGUUGUGUUUUUCGUGUUUCCAGUUAGUUUUGGAAAGAAGAUGUUCUAGAAAAGAAGAACCGUGAACAUCGUCGCUGGAUUAUUCUAACGGAACUUCUUCUUCAGUUGGUAAUCACCCAAUCAACGACUUCUGCUGCUUUUUCUAGUUCACUGUGAAUUAAACCAUACCAACAUGGCCACUGCAAGUGUAGCAGAAAGUUCUCCGAUUGUUACCCUGUCCGAGCUAGGGGCUUUACAAGGAUCAACAAGUACGACUGCCUGGACGGGACGUAAGUUGUAUCAAUUUUUGGGAGUCCAUUACGCACAGUCCACAGCCGGUGAAAACCGGUUUAAGCCACCCAAAAAAGUUCAACCAUGGCAAGGAAUUAAAGACGCCACCCGUCAUGGCUUGCCCUGCCCCCAAAUGAAGCUGAUUUCGUCGUUUAAAGGAAAAGCGUUCGUGCCGGAUCUUGAGGACUGUCUCACGGUGUCCAUCUACAGUUCAGAUCUUGCCGCAAGACGUCCGGUCAUGUUCUUCAUUCACGGUGGAGGGUUCCACGAAGGUAGCGCAAAGAAUCAAACCGCCGAGUAUCUGCUGGAGCGGGACGUUGUGCUGGUGGUUGCACAGUAUCGACUCGGUCCGCUGGGCUUUCUGUGUACGAAAACCGAUAGCAUUCCGGGCAACGUCGGUAUGAUGGACUUAACGCUUGCGUUGGAAUGGGUUCAGGAGCAUAUUGAACGGUUCGGAGGCGACCCGAGCAAUGUCACCGUGUUUGGACAGUCGGCGGGAGCUGCCGCCAUUUCGGCGCUCAUGUACAGCCCAAAGGUGGCGGACUCACUCUUCCAUAGGGUGAUACUGCAAUCGGCUGGGUCGGCUUCUCCGUGGGUGUGGGAUACAAACCCGGUUCAAAGUGCAUUCGAUAUUGCUAUUGAGGCUGGCCUUGGAGAUUCAGCUUCCCUGGAUGAAGUUGAACAAUAUCUUCGAAAGCUCGACGUUUGGACGCUGCUGAGGAGCUUUAUUGACCUGAAGGUGAAGAAAAGCGUAGCGCAAGGGUUGGAUCAAGUCGGUGGCAAUCGCCUCGUCGUCGGAGACUACCACGGAUUCCUGCCGCAAACGCCGUGGGAGUGUAUGAAGGAGGGAAAGAUAAGGAAACAUCUCCCAAUGAUGGCCGGUGUCACGAAGCACGAGGGAACGUUUCUGCUGACCACCGUUUACGAUCAUUUUAAGCGCACCGGGCAGGUGGAUGAUCCCGCGUUCGUGAAGUAUUUCCUUGUUGAUGCGGUCAAUAAGUUUCUCGGUGCAAGCGAUUCCACCGGAGCUCUGGGAGGCUAUGAGAUGCGAACACUCUUCUCGCAAAAGGACCUAGAGAGUGGUAGCUUCGGGGAAAUGGCCGAUGGAUUGAUCGAUCUAUCCGGCACGAUCCUGAUAAAAGCACCACUGCUUCGUGAAGCCCAGGCCAGUGCAAGAAUGAACCCAAAUGGCACGUUUCUCUAUUCUUUCGAUUACGUAGGAGCGAAAACCCGGUUCGGAUACGGUAACGAUACCUCACACUAUCCGUUCGACGGCGGUGUACAUCAUUCGGAUGAUAAGCUGUAUCUUUUCCCAUAUCCACCUGGAAGUCCGGAAGUACUGAACAAAACGGAUACCGAAAUGGCUAAGUUAAUGGUGGAUUUGUGGACAUCCUUUGCGGUAGAUGGUGUCCCAAGGUCGGACCGCUUGAGUGUCGAAUGGAUUCCUAUGAAAAAUUAUGCCGGGCCAUACUUACAUAUCAACGAUCCGCCAAGCGUCGGGGUAAACUUCUAUGAAGAAUUUACCGUAGCGAGCGAUGAAAAACGGAAAGCGGACAAAAUAAACGCCGACUAAGGUUUGUUAGUCCUCGCACAUUCGUCAUCACAUUCAAUCAUGGUUCGGAUAAAUGUAGUAAAAAGGUCCAUUGGCAAGUCUAGGUUUUAUUUACUGAUG